GCACGUAACCACAGCUGCCUCCGCCCGCCUCGGGCCCGGGCGGACGUUUUGCCGCCCCGGCGACGUCAGCGCGUCCGGCGUUGCUUGGCUACCCCGCCGUUCCCCCGUCCCGCUGCUGCUCACCUCCCCGGGUGAAACUCUGACGCAGUCACCGCGGGUCUCAGCUGCGUCAUAGCGGCGGGCAUCCCACCUUCACGUCACACCUCUUCCUCACCUGGACACGCAUCCCUCCCUACCCUGCUAGCCACGACGUUUCCUCUUUCCCCUCUCCAAUCCCCCUGCCCCAUAUCUGGCGGAAGAAGAUGGAGACAGGGGUGGGACAGAGUUGUGGACAACCUCUCAGGAGAGGGUCGCAAGGUGGGACCCUGAACAGUGGUUGAAACAAAAUGAGAUCGCCCCUGAAGUUUGCCCUUCAGCUGAGACACAAGGAGUAGAGGGAGACGAAGGACUAACCCAGAGGCACUCAAGGUCUCACUAUGACUGUAGUUUAGAGUCCUCUCCAUUUUUCCCUAACCCUUUCCCCAUUUCUUUCACCACUUCUUUGCCAGUCUAGAUCUGUCCUGGUGCCUUACUGUGCAUACAGUUCUACUCAUCUCAGAAACGUAUGUCAAACGAGGAUACAGUGGUCUGGAACUAUUGGUUCUAAGAUACAAGUGGAAUGAACCUGGAUCAGGAGAAGUAUGCUGAGCUAGAGUUGAAGGAAGCUUCUCUUUCUAACAAGAGAAAGCAGAGUUAAAUUAUGGCAGAGACAAGUCUGUUAGAGGCUGGGGCCUCUGCAGCCUCUACAGCUGCGGCUUUGGAGAACUUACAGGUGGAGGCAAGCUGCUCUGUGUGCCUGGAGUAUCUGAAGGAACCUGUCAUCAUUGAGUGUGGGCACAACUUCUGCAAAGCUUGCAUCACCCGCUGGUGGGAAGACCUAGAGAGGGACUUCCCUUGUCCUGUCUGUCGAAAGACAUCCCGCUACCGCAGUCUCCGACCUAAUCGGCAACUAGGCAGUAUGGUGGAAAUUGCCAAGCAGCUCCAGGCCGUCAAGCGGAAGAUCCGGGAUGAGAGCCUCUGCCCCCAACACCAUGAGGCCCUCAGCCUUUUCUGUUAUGAGGACCAGGAGGCUGUAUGCUUAAUCUGUGCAAUUUCCCACACCCACCGGGCCCACACCGUUGUGCCACUGGAUGACGCUACACAGGAGUACAAGGAAAAACUGCAGAAGUGUCUGGAGCCCCUGGAACAGAAGCUGCAGGAGAUCACUCGCUGCAAGUCCUCUGAGGAGAAGAAGCCUGGUGAGCUCAAGAGACUAGUGGAAAGUCGCCGACAGCAGAUCUUAAGGGAGUUUGAAGAGCUUCAUAGGCGGCUGGAUGAAGAGCAGCAGGUGUUGCUUUCACGACUAGAAGAAGAGGAACAGGACAUUCUGCAGCGACUCCGAGAAAAUGCUGCCCACCUUGGGGACAAGCGCCGGGACCUGGCCCACUUGGCUGCAGAGGUGGAGGGCAAGUGCUUACAGUCGGGCUUCGAGAUGCUUAAGGAUGUCAAAAGUACCCUGGAAAAAUGUGAGAAGGUGAAGACCAUGGAGGUGACUUCAGUAUCCAUAGAGCUGGAAAAGAACUUCAGCAAUUUCCCCCGACAGUACUUUGCCCUAAGGAAAAUCCUUAAACAGCUAAUUGCGGAUGUGACCCUGGACCCUGAGACAGCUCAUCCUAACCUAGUCCUGUCGGAGGAUCGUAAGAGCGUCAAGUUCGUGGAGACAAGACUUCGGGAUCUCCCUGACACACCAAGGCGUUUCACCUUCUACCCUUGCGUCCUGGCUACUGAGGGUUUCACCUCAGGUCGACACUACUGGGAGGUGGAGGUGGGCGACAAGACCCACUGGGCAGUGGGUGUAUGCCGGGACUCCGUGAGCCGAAAGGGCGAGUUGACUCCACUCCCUGAGACUGGCUACUGGCGGGUGCGGCUAUGGAAUGGGGACAAAUAUGCGGCCACCACCACACCUUUUACCCCUUUGCACAUCAAAGUGAAACCCAAGCGGGUAGGCAUAUUCCUAGACUAUGAGGCCGGCACACUGUCUUUCUACAAUGUCACAGACCGCUCUCAUAUCUACACCUUCACUGAUACUUUUACUGAGAAACUUUGGCCCCUCUUCUACCCAGGCAUCCGGGCUGGACGGAAGAAUGCUGCACCACUUACCAUCAGGCCCCCAACAGAUUGGGAGUGACAGGUUGGGAUGUGGGAAUAAUUGGGGUGAGGCAAGGUCAAGUGCUACGGGCCUCCUUCCUGUGUCCUGCUGGAACGUCUUCGUGUCCACCUAGUUCCAGUCCUGAAUCAUCAUGGAGAAACACCUCGGUUUCUAGGAUGGUUUUGUGUGGAGGGGGAGGUAGGACUGGGCUGGAUGAGACAGCACAGCUGUGACUCCCUCCUAACUGUCAGGGUGGGGAGCUGGUUCCCAGACGAUUGUCUACCCUGAAGUCCAUCAGGUUUUCUGUUGCACAAGGACGGGUUGGAAAGGAAGGAGAGACUUUUCCAGAAACAAAAUCUGUGAGGGUCUGACUUGCUCAAACCAGAGGAGGAAACAGAAACCCCUGCACAUCUUUUUAGGGAGUUCUUUGACCCAGGAUAGUCUUGCUUCUUGAGGUAGAUUACAGGGGUCUGUGUACCUCUAAAUUCAAGAAAGAUGAAUGACAGAUGCUCUCAUGGGUCUAGAUGUUGAGGAGUUUUUCUGAGGGCAGAGAUUGGACAUCAACAAGGCUAGAAGGAAGGUCAGGGAAGUGGGCUAAAGGAAUAGAUUCCUAGAGAUUAAUGAAAGGGAGGGAGGUUUCUUUGGUCUUCUAUUUUAAAGGUAAGAUUGCCAUUAUGGGUAGGACUGACCAGAGGUGGGAAUGUGGUGAGAAGGAGAGGUUGAAAGGAAAGCAGAGAACCCAGGUCCCUGCCUCAGCCUUCCGCAGAGUUGGCUUAUUGCCUGCCUCUUUAUGCCAAUAAGUCAGUCACUUUGCUCCUCUCCAGGGGCAAGGUGGAAGAGAUCCUGCAAGACACAUCUAUCCUCUCACGGUGUUCCCAAGGGAACUUGGAAAGGAGAGUCAGGUAUUAGAGGAAAGAGAAGGGUAUUUGUAUCCAAAGCCCUGGCCUUAAAGAAUGUUACUAAGUAGCUACCCCCAAAUUGUCAGCCUUGUUACCUGGCCAAGGUGUCCAAGCCAGAAAGGAAGAAAGGUAGUGGAGUCUUUCUCACCCUAAGACAGUGGGAGAGGGUGGUACAUAGGGAAGGGCCAGAUAGGCAACUUCCUUUGGCCUGUGUGCAUCUGGCCUGGAACUGGUGUUAACAAAAGCCAGGUUUUUGCUUGUUUGUUGCCAUCCCUCACCCUUUGCCAUUUCCCUUUUCAGAGAAUGUAAAUGAUUUUCAUGUUAGGCCAAAAUAAACAACUUAUAGGGUACAUAUGUUGUCAUAAAAGGUAAAAGUGAUGCAUGCCAAACCAAACUAAACCAAUUUGGAUUAUCUGCUGUUCGGGUAAUCUUCACAGAAAUGACUGAGAGAAGAAUCUGCAGUUUAUUGAGGGCAUUUCAGUUCCUCCUACCACCUCAACAGGACUUUGUCCAGACUCUCCUCCUCUUACCUUUGUGCCUUGACUGUGGUUCUUUGUGGCAAGAUACUUUGGUUGGUUAAAAUAAUAUGGAACAAAGGAUCCACUGAAGUGA